AAGAGUCUAUGUCAAUCGCCAGAUCCUUCUCCACUCCGUCCGAUCUCCGCAGGCUUAAAUGGACAUAUGCCUCCCCCCCUACCUCUCUCCUCCAUAUCUCUUUCUUUCUCCUCUCUCUCUUUCAUCUUCUUCUCUUCUCGUUCUUUGAAAGCAGAGUUUUUCUUGUUGAGGGGUGGAUAGAAAAUGGCUCAGGAUGAAGUGAUACUGUUGGAUUUCUCGGCAAGCAUGUUCGGGAUGAGGGUCCGAAUCGCUCUGGCGGAGAAGGAGAUCAAGCACCAGUACAUCGAACAGGACCUCCCAAACAAGAGCGAUCUGCUUCUCAAGAUGAACCCGAUUCACAAGAAGAUCCCGGUUCUCAUCCAUAAAGGCAAGCCAGUCUGUGAAUCUACGAUCAUAGUGGAGUAUAUUGAUGAGGUUUGGAAGGGCAAGUCCCAGCUGCUCCCCUCUGAUCCUUACGAGAAAUCCCAGGCUAGAUUCUGGGCCAACUACAUUGACCAGAAGAUGUAUGAGUCUAGCAAGAAAACAUGGACUACAAACGGAGAAGAAGAACUGGAGGCGGGCAAGAAGGAGUUCAUAGGACACCUGAAGGUGCUGGAAGGAGAACUGGGAGAUAAGCCGUACUUUGGGGGAGACAGGUUUGGGCUUGUUGAUGUCUCUCUCAUUGGAUUCUACAGCUGGUUUCAUGUAUAUGAGACCUUUGGUAAGUUCAGCAUUGAAGCAGAGUGCCCCAAGCUGAUUUCUUGGGCUAAGAGGUGCAUGGAGAGGGAGAGUGUUUCCAAGACUCUCCCAAAUCCUCAUAAGGUCCUUGAGUUAGCCAAGAUCUUUAAGGAGAAGAUGAGCACUGCUUAAACACUACUUACUUGUCAACCUCUUUUCCCUGAAUAAUGAUGAGCUCACCCCCUUCCCCUGUGUUGGGAUGUUAGGUGCC